UUAGACGCUAUCGCAUAGAAACCCUAAAGACCCCGGAGGUUUAUAAACAUACGAUUCCUCAGCAACUACUUCCUUCAGUUCUUGAAACCCUAAAGCAGGAAGGGAGCGGUCAGACUUCGAAGGAACUUCUCUCGGCAGAUCAACCCUAAGAGCUAAGAUGUCAGUCAGUGAAAUCGCUUGCACUUACGCUGCCUUGCUCCUCCAUGACGACGGGAUUGCCGUCACGGCGGAAAAGAUCGCAACCGUGGUGAAAGCUGCGAAUGUGGCGGUUGAAUCAUACUGGCCUAGCUUGUUUGCUAAGCUGGUAGAGAAGAGGAAUAUUGAAGACCUUAUUACGAAUGUGGGCUCCGGUGGUGGCGGUGCUGCCGUUGCUGUUGCUGCCCCAACUGGAGGCGCAGGUGGUGGUGCCGCCGCCGCAGCUGCUCCUGCAGUUGAGGAGAAGAAGGAAGAGCCCAAGGAAGAGAGUGAUGAUGAUAUGGGAUUCAGCUUGUUCGAUUAGGAGGUCCUUUCAGUUAUGCGGUUUCUUUUUAGGAAUUUUUGAUGCUAGUAUUUAGAAGCUGUUCUCAACUCUGAAUCAAAGAAAAUUACUUAAGUCGGAUAUUCUGAAGCUUUUUUUCUUGUGUUGAAUUUGCAUGGUUCUGAAGAUUAUGUAAGUGGCUUUAAAAGAAAUCCAAUGGUUUUGGGCUUUUAAUGGUCUACCAAAUUCUACCAUUAUUGAAUUUCUCUGUUUUUUUGACAUCA